AUUGGCCGGCCCGGCAACGCCAAUGAGAGUUGAGCUGUUAGAUUCAAACGGAGCGGGGCGCGGAAGCGGGCGUUAGUCCGCUGAGAGGUCCGUGAGGGGAGCUGUCCUUUGCCGCUUGUUAUUGCUGCUCCUGUCGCCGCUGCCGCCGCCCGUCAUGGCCCACAAGCAGAUCUACUACUCCGACAAGUACUUUGACGAGCAAUACGAGUACAGGCACGUGAUGCUGCCACGAGAACUUUCAAAACAAGUGCCAAAAUCCCAUCUAAUGUCUGAAGAGGAGUGGAGACGACUUGGUGUUCAGCAAAGUCUUGGCUGGGUUCACUACAUGAUCCAUGAGCCAGAACCGCAUAUUCUUCUCUUCAGAAGACCUCUUGCAAAGAAUGAGCAGAAAUGAAUGUCUAUAAAUCUACUCCUAAAUCUUCUGUAACUAUCUAUAUAACUGUAUAUAUGUUGGUAGUAUUCAGUGAAUACUUUAAAAUGUACAAAACAUACAUCUGUACCUGUGCAUGAGCUGUAUUAUUCACAGCAAAAAGCCCAGUCAAAUGCAAUUCCAAGUAGGCUGCUAUAGUGUUCAAAGAGUUGAUGAAGUUAUCUUCUUUACUGUUAAUGUAAGUGCUAUUAAGGUGUAAGUAUUGCAUGUUCGCAGUAGAUGAUUGCUUGUAACACAGGGUUCCUUCAAUUUUGCACUCAGCUUUUCUGCUGAAGUGGAGCAUGUUCAGAUCCAGUGGCUCACCUGUUUAGUAGUAGGUAUAAAGAAGUAAACUCUAUUUUUAAUGUUUCAUAACACCUAAAUGUCUAGAGUGCUCAUUCACCAGUCAAAUAUUCAUCGUCUAACAUGUUAAAAGUACCUACUUCAGAAAAAAUACUCAGUGAACCUGUUUUCUUUAUCUGCAAGUAUUAUUUUGCUCUACAGGCCAAAGUUCCUAACCCAGAUUUGAACUGGGAACUGCAGGCACUCUGAAAAGAGGAGCUGGCAGCAAUAAGUAAUACUAAGGCUGGUGUCUGAAAUGCUCUAAUUAUGGGACCCUGUAGCUGAUGUUGGUUAUAAUGGGAUUAGUUAUUCUGCAAUGGCUGCUUGUCAUCCUACUUCUCAUGAGGUGUUAGGUAUGCGGGGGAGUGGCUUAGUGCUGCAUCAGGCGAAGUCCAGAUUGGAUAGUAGGAAAAAGUUAUUUGCUGAGGCGGGUGGUCAGGCACUGGAAUAAGGUUCCAGGGGAAGUGGCUGUGGCUGCAGACCUCUUGGUGUUGCAGAAGACACUGCUGUGGGCAAUAACGUCUAACUUUGAGGAUGCCCUGUGCAGAGCUGGGAGCUGGACUUGAUUCUUGUGGGUCCCUCUGAAGUUGGAAUUUUAAAUGAUGACUUGGUAUGAACUCCUAAGGUUUUAAGUAGUACUUUGUAUUUCAUAGAUAUCUUUAUGCUUGUUUGAUCUACUCUGCUGCAGAAAAAUAAACCAGUACUACCAAA